CUCAUAACCACAGGGAACAACUACUCUAAUUUUAAACAAAACAGGUCCCCAAGUUGAAGAUAAUAUAUAUACGAACCCAUCCAGUAUGUUUUUCCAUCCUCAACAUUAACGUUUUUCAGUUUCCUUUUUCCGUCUAAAAAUACUCGAUCACAGUCAUCUCAGCCGGAGAACGAUGUCGUUUUCAACGACGGGACAUCUCCACCAAGAAGCAACGACAAGUAGUACCGCCUUGUUUCAUCAUCUUCAAUACAAAAAUACAAAUACAAGUGAGAUUGAGGAAGAGACCGACGAUCUGUUUUCGAUAAAAAUUGGAGAAAAAAUAGAAACCAUAAAAGAAGAAUUGGAAGGAAGCACGUUUUCGCUUGAUAUACGGAGCCGAACACCAGGGGAGGAUUGCGUUUACGUUGCAGUAGGAAAAAGCGAGACAAGCGCAGAUGCAGUUUCGUGGACACUGAAGAACCUUAUUAGAAAUGAAUCUACUAUGGUUUAUCUCAUUCAUAUCUUUCCAGAGAUACGCCAUGUACCUUCUCCAUUGGGUAAGCUUCCAAAGAAUCAAGUAAGUCCUGAACAGGUGGAAAUAUACAUGGCCCAAGAAAGAGGCAAGAGAAGAGAACUCCUUCAAAAGUUCAUUAAUAUGUGUUCUGCAUCCAAGGUUAAGGUGGACACCAUACUUAUUGAGAGUGAUGUGGUUGCAAAGGCUAUAUUGGAGCUCAUUCCCAUUCUCAAUAUUAGGAAGCUAGUGCUUGGAACUACCAAAUCCAACCUAAGGAAAAUGAAAGCUAGGAAAGGAAAUGGAAUAGCCGAUCGGAUUUUUCAAAAUGCAUCAGAGUUUUGUGAUAUUAAAAUCAUAUGUGAUGGAAAGGAAGUGAUUGAGCAAAUGAUUGGAUUAGCCUCACCAUCAUCACAUGGUGAAAUUGGUGAUGCAAAAUCUAUCGAGUUGCUAGAUCAACCCAAUAAUAAUGAUUCUUUUUCAUGUAUGUGUUUCAAAUCACGUAGAAUAAUGUGAUACAACAAGUGAACAUCUUCGUUCAAAAAUUAGGGGAAAGGUUGUGUACGUCAACCUUCCUCGGAUCUUACGUACGUGGGAUGCUGCAUCGACCUUUCCUUUUCCUGUAUUAUUCAAUUAGUAAUUUACAUAUUGACAUUUAAUUUUGUAUUGAUAUUCUAACAAUGACUGUCUAUUUUCUUGUACAAGAUAUUCUGGUAUAAGCAAUAAUGAAUUAUUUAUCUUCUCUCACUCAAAAUUUUAAUAGAUU